AUGUUCUCUCGAGCUUCAGGAGGCCAUCUCCCGGCUUCAAAGCUGUUGUCGAGGGCCAUAGUGUCGCGCACGUUUCACUAUGGUCCUCUGAGAAGGGUUCAUCCAGCAUCUUAUUACCAUUCAUUCGUGAGGCCCUCCAGAUCCAUGUACAUAUCACCAGAGCUGGUGCAUCAACUGGCACAUCGCAGAUUUGCAUCUUUUUUUCCCAAACUUCUUGCCAGAGCGGUGAAAGUACCCGCGUACAUAGGAGGAGGAGCAGCGGCUGUGAGUUCUUAUUUAGCGUACAAGGUGGAAGAAGCCACUAAUUUUUCGCACGAGAAGGUGUCGCAGCUCAAGGAUUUCGCUAAUAGUAUGAAAGAUAAGAUGGGCGGGUUUUUUGGGCACAACUCCCAGCCCAAUGGAGAAGAAGACAACGCGGAGAAUUCACUCGCAGCUGGUGCCCUACUUGCUUCUUUGAAUGACAAGGAUGAUACCAAUACAGGGGACGAUGAAGAAGACGAGGAGCAAGAAGAAGAAGAGGAUCACACGCAAGACGAAAUAUUGAAUUUGACCAAGCAAAUGAUCGAGAUUAGAGCCAUUCUCAAUAAGGUGGAUUCUUCGUCAUCUCACCUCACCCUGCCAUCAAUUGUUGUAAUUGGCUCUCAGUCUUCAGGAAAGUCGUCGGUUCUAGAGUCAAUCGUCGGCAAAGAGUUCCUGCCCAAGGGUUCGAAUAUGGUCACCAGAAGGCCGAUAGAGCUUACUCUAGUUAACACGGCUGGCGUAAAUGAAACCACAGCCGACUUCCCCUCACUACGUGCCUACAACAUUAAAGACUUCAAUGAGGUGAAGCGGAUUUUAAUGGAACUGAAUAUGGCCGUGCCCUCCACGGAGGCCGUUUCAGCCGAUCCUAUCCAACUAACCAUAAAGUCUUCUCGAGUGCCAGAUCUCUCAUUGGUAGAUUUACCAGGGUAUAUCCAGGUGGAGGCAGCCGAUCAGCCUCUCGAAUUGAAAUCCAAAAUUCGGCAAUUAUGUGACACAUAUUUGGCAGAACCAAACAUCAUACUGGCGAUAUCGGCAGCUGACGUAGAUCUGGCCAAUAGCAGUGCGUUGAGAGCAAGUAAGAUGGCAGAUCCAAAGGGCACACGAACAAUAGGUGUGAUCACUAAGCUAGACCUGGUUGAACCUGCGAGAGCCAGAGAAAUAUUGAAUAGCAAGAAGUAUCCGCUGAAAAUGGGUUAUGUUGGUGUCAUCACCAAAGCUCCCAACACCCCCACAAAGUUUUUCGACUCAAGUUCCAAACAGGGCCUCUUUGCCCGCAAGAAUACCCAGGAAACGGAAGUUGAAGAAACCCGCUCCUUUGAGCGUAGUUAUUUCAGAAGUAACAGAAGUUUUUUCACAAGCUGUCAAGUGUCUACAAAAAAACUGAGGGAAAAGUUGAUCAAUAUCCUUGAGGUGUCCAUGUCUGAUGCUUUGGAACCCACUUCAAGACUGAUACAUCAAGAACUUGACGACACGUCUUACCUCUUCAAGGUUGAGUUCAACGAUCGCCAAUUAACACCUAAAUCCUACCUCCUGAAUAAUGUCGAUGUUUUGAAGUUGGCUAUCAAGGAAUUGCAGGAGAAAUUCAAUAGAAUUGAAUUGAAGUCCAUUCUAAAGGCUGACUUGGAUCAACGUGUUUUAGAUUUGUUGGCCUCUCGUUAUUGGAAGGACGACAACGUUCAUGAGCUUUCGUUGAAGAAAAGUGGCAAAGAUGAUGCUUCAGCCUUGUACUGGCAUAAAAAGCUCGAGCUAUCUUCAUGCAGCUUAACUAAAAUUGGCGUUGGCAGAGUUUCAACUACUUUGGUCACCAAUGCAAUUCUGAAGGAGCUGGAAAAUGUUUUGGAUCUUACACAAUUGAAGCACCAUGACUUGAUAAAAGAGUUGGUGAACCACACCGCUGUAAAUGUGCUGAAUUCGAAGUUUUAUGCUACCGCUGAUCAGGUGGAAAACUGUAUCAAACCAUUUAAGUAUGAGAUUGACUUGGAAGAACGCGAUUGGGCUGUCGCACAUGAACACACGACCAACUUAAUGCGUGAGGAACUGAGACAAUGCAAUGAAAGAUUUCAAUCUCUCAAAAACUCCGUUGGGAAUCGUAAGCUAUCACAAGUUAUGACAUAUCUUAAGCAAGACCCCGGCCACCAAGAAACGCUCGGUUUCUCUGCAUUGCUGUUGGAGCGCGGGAGGGAAGCCGCUUUUUUGGAAAAACGAGCACAGCUACUCAACUUCAGAUUAAAGACUCUCAAGAGUAAGUGCCAUUCAACUGCUGAGAAGGACGUAUGUCCCGAAAUUUUUUUGAACGCGGUUAGUGACAAAUUGACUUCGACGGCAGUCUUAUUUUUGAAUGUGGAGUUACUAAGCGAUUUUUUUUAUAAUUUUCCGAUUGAACUGGAUCGGAAGCUAACGGAGCUAUCUGAUGAGCAAGUUGAGUUGUUCGCCAAAGAGGAUCCUCGUAUUGCGCGUCAUAUCGACCUACAAAAGCGGAAAGAUUUACUUGAGAUGGCAUUGGAACGAAUUGACUCUAUCCUGCUGUAUAAGAGGAGCUAUAAGGCGACCACACAAUCAUGA